CUUCGCCGCUUUCACACUCGUUCGCAUCCAAAUAUACAACAAUAACAUUAACAGCAAUGCCAAUUGCAACAACAACAAAGCACACGCUGUCGCUUUGCUUUUAUGUCGGCUCAACAAGCAAAUGAAUAUGUGCAAAAAACACUUGCGCGUAAAACUCAAAAGCGAAAAUAAGUAGAAAACGCAAAGAACAUAAAACGAGAAAAAACAAAAUUAAAGCAAAAAUGCCGCAGUCUGGCUCUGGAGGCGCAUACUGAAAUCAAACCAAAGUAAAUUGCUCCCGGCAUGACACAGCCACAGUGAAGUAUCAAAGGUACGUACUACGUCGAAUUGUGUGGAAAAGUGUGGGAGCAUAGCAUAGAAACAAAUAAGAGAAAACCGAAGGUAGCGCACAGGCAAUAUGCGGCCAAGCAAGCAGUCAUUUGGACAUUUACAGAAGAAUGUGCUGCUGUCAGCCAGCCAAGAAAAACAACCAGCAUAGCGUCGGCUGCGACCAACUGCCGAGCGCCAAUAGGUACUUUUGCGUUAACGACAAAAAAGUCAGACUAAGUUCUAUACAGGAUUUCAUCAACCGAAUAAACAAAAACAAAAAGCGAAAUACAAAAUCAACCCCGCCGUUGCAGAGAAUAACGAACGAUGUUAACAAAAACGAAUAAGAAGCAAGACCACAAUUUAACAAAGUUGCAACAGUUGCAAAUUAGCGCAUGGCGCAAAUAAAAACAAAUAAAAAAAGGAGAGCGUUUUCGUCAGAGACGAUUAAAAGGUAAUUAAAAGAUGUGUGUUUAUAACUACGCAUUAAAGGCGGCAUAUUUAAAAACUCGAAAAAGGAGCGAGUUCCUUCCCGAACUGCAAUUAAAGAUUAUCUGAAAAGAUUUCUUUUAUCCAGCAUAGCCUAAAGGAAUCGAAUUAAAUAAAAGCAAUGCACAAAAGUACAAAUGAACCAAAAUGUUCAGAAUAAUACAGCGAGAAGAUAGACACAGAUAAUCAAGUCUAUCUGCCCCGGCGACUCCAAUGCAACUUCUACUUGAAUGCAGCGCUAUAGCGCGGAGAAGGUUGAGACAUCUCGGUCAUUUGCAGCCGGAAGAAAGGCACAAACGCUCAGUCCAACCGAGCUCCAUAUUAAGUUAAAUAAGUGAACUGGGUCUGGAUGCGGUACUGGUGAUGAGUAGAGGCCACAAAAUCUGUCCAAACACAAUCAAACUCUAAUCUGCCUUCACACUUGGUACAUAUAUUACGGUAUUAGCAAAUCAACAAUGCGGCAACUAAGAGUAAGGGAACUUUAAAAGAAGAAAACGCUCCACUACCGAAGUCACCUUGCAUGAAUUCGCCUUCGCAUCACCUGUUGUCGUUGACAUGCGCUGUAAACAAAUAAAUGUCGAAGAAACAGUAAACAAUAAAUAAUUUGCUCGAGCGAAAUGUGAUGGAUGUUCAUUCAUAAUUCCUUGACAGUGUCUGCGAAUUGAAUGACUUGGAAUUUUAAUUUGGUGUUAAUUAUAUGCUGAACUUUUAUGACUUGUGAUUUAACAAAAGAGAAAUAAUAUUUCACUCAAUAAUUUAUUUCAUAUUCGUACGUUGUCAGCAUCACCGAUUUUAAACGAAAAAAUCGCGGUUACGCAAUUCCAUUAAUAUUUUGACUGAUUCCAUCACAUUUGAAAACUUUGUUGAAGGUAACAAAUAAUGGCUUUGUCAGUGGGACGUAUCAACGUAGAUGAGCCUUUAUAUGAUCUAAGUACAUUUGCCGGACGCUUUCGUUAUUUUGCGUGGAUGACGGAUCCACGCACUGUAAUUUUACCCAAUGAACGUUUGAUGGAAGCAAAAACGUUGGUACAAAAAUACCGAUUGGGUCAGGAGCCGGCGAACACUACUCAAGAACAAGUCAAAUAUGCAAUGAAACUUUAUACGUCCGCCUUUCAUCCAGAUUCGGGAGAGCUGCAAAAUGUUGCAGGACGUAUGAGCUUCCAGGUCCCUGGCGGUAUGCUGAUAACCGGUGGCAUGUUGGCCUUCUACCGCACGGUGCCUGCCGUUGUACUCUGGCAAUUCAUCAAUCAGUCAUUCAACGCCGUUGUCAAUUACACAAAUCGUAAUGCAGAUUCACCAACUACAGUUAUACAACUAGGCGUUGCAUAUGUGUCGGCGACUACUUCAGCACUGAUAGCGGCACUCGGCUGCAAGAGCUAUUGGUCCAAGCGUGCAAGUCCACUAUUCCAGCGAUUUGUGCCUUUCACUGCCGUCGCAGCAGCUAAUUUUGUUAACAUUCCACUUAUGCGUCAAAAUGAAAUAAUCAAUGGCAUAGAGGUGAAGGAUGAGAAUGGCAAUAUUGUGGGGCGUAGUCGUUUAGCAGCCGUCAAAGGCAUAACUCAAGUGAUUGUUUCACGUAUUACCAUGGCAGCGCCAGGUAUGUUGAUAUUGCCACUAAUUAUGGAGCGCUUGGAGAAAAUACCGGCUUAUCGGCGCAUUCGUUGGAUAGAUGCACCUUUCCAAACAAUGAUGGUCGGCUGUUUCUUGCUUUUCAUGGUGCCCACUGCCUGCGCUUUCUUUCCGCAAAACUGUUCCUUAAAGACGUCAACGAUGAAAAUGCUCGAGUCUGAUCAGUAUGCCGAAAUGGAGACUAAUACUAAAGGCCACGUACCGCAGCGUGUAUACUUCAACAAAGGCUUGUAAGCUUGUAAAUGCGCGAUGCCGCAUCACACAAUUUGAAUGCAAUAGACAAUACUGCACCAGUGAGCUGCUUCGCUGGUACACAACGACCCACUUGAGAUAGCACAAUUACUUAAAAUUACUGCUGUUAAACUUGCCGUCAGUAGUAAAUUGAAAGCCGGACUUCUUAAAAGUAUUAACGCAAAAAAUUGUUCUUAAAUGCGCAACUUAAUUGGAAAUUAAUAGCUUACCGCGUCGUUGGUUGCAAAAUGAAAGUUAAUUGCUUGGAAUCAAUGAAUUUAAGAAUUCACGCGCAGUCUCUGGAAACUAUUUUUAAGCCAAAAUAACUACGCAUUUUGUAGAUGUGAUUUAGAUAUUUAAUUUUGUGUUUUGUUGCUUGAAUAUUCUUAAAGUUUUUAUGUAUACACAAAAUUUGUAUGGCACUGGUUGAUUUUCACUUUUUUACUGUCAAAUUUGAGUGUUUUUUUGUUAUACUUUACUUUUAUUACUACUACUAUUUUAGUAUUAAUUUCUAAGCGAAAAUUUGUGUGCUAAAGUCAGAGAAUAUGCACGCCCCUGUGGCAUUUAAAUUAACCCAAAAUCUUCGUGUGCGGUAUUUUUCGUAAUUUUUUGUCAAAAUAUAAUUUUGCUCAAACGCAGUGUUGUCCACAUAAGUAUGCAUAGAUCCAACAAUAUCUCCGUAGAUUUCGAUAACCAUCGUUCAUGAAUUAGUAAGUAAUUUGUAAAAGAAAUUAAGCGUAAAACGUGCAUAAAUGUAUUGUAUUGAUUUUUCAAAAGAAAACAAUAAUAAAAACAAAGAAACAUUCAAAGGUAA